AUGGAUGGAGGAAAAAUCAGCAAAGAGAAAGGAGAUGGAAAAGCUCAGGAACAAGGAAAAAAUGCUAAAGAUGAGACAACAAAAACAUUCAACCAGCCAAAUAAAAUGCAGAAGGAAGGGCAGAAGAAAAGUGAGGAACAGAACCAAUCAAAGGAGCAUGUGACAAACCAACAACAAAGGCAUGAAAUGCAAAAACAAGAUGACAAAAUCCAGCAAGAGGAACAGCAAGGAGAACAGUGGCAAACACAGAAGAAAAGAAAUCACAAAAAUCAGGAACAUGCUAGCUCCAAAUCAGUGUGGAGACCUGUUACAACAGUCAUGCAUCAUACAAACAACAGCCAACAACAAGAACAAGGGAUCACAGGUAAUAAUAUAAUUUCAACUCAAAAUAAUUUUUCUUCUCUUGAAAUGCAGGAAAAACAGGAGGCACAACACAUGGUUCAGCAGGGAACUAGAGAAACAGCAAGUCAGGAAGAUCACACCAAAAAUGACCAAUUGAAGGAUCAACUUGCUGAAAAUAAGCAAAAUAACCUGCAGAUACCAAAGCUGAAGGCUGCUGCUGGCAAUAAAUGCAAGGAAUCAGGUAUUGACUUAUCUCUCCCAAGCCCCAGAACCCCCAAUGAUUUUAAUGUUAUGGCUGGUCAUACUGAAGAAGUCUAUGGAGGUAUGGAUGGGGGGAGUAAGGAGAAAACCACUAAUUUAGAGGAUGGGGUUACCAAAGGGGGGAAUUUGCCUCAUGCUAUGCAUGAGGGGUUGGAUCAUGACCAUAGGACUGACCUUAGAGCCUUUAGGAAUCAAGAACAUGAUCUGAAACAGCAGAAGCAACAAUCACAGCAACAAAACCAAAACACUGGAAACUGGGAGCAGCCUGCCAAUGAAAAUAAGGGGCAACAGCAACACAGGAAUAAGGAGGGUGAGGAACAGGGGAAACAGGGUGACAAUAAGGAUAUGGGAAAUACUCCUAAGAGUAAAAACAAGCCUAGUAAACAAAAGAGGGAUGCUGAAAAAAGGAGACAAAAUAGGCAACAGGAUAAGGAGAGUGUGUAUGAACAAGAAGUAAGGGAGGAAUCUUGCAAUAAGUUUUUUAUGGUGGAUGAUAAUCAAGGUCUAGAUAUUCCUCCCCUACAAAUCCAGUAUAUGACUCCUCACAAUUCAGACAAGACUGGAAAAAAGCAACAAGAGGGAAAAUUGAAUCCUAAAUCAGUCUUGGAUGAGUAUGCUGUUAUUAAUUCUGAAGAUGAACUUGAGGGUGACAGUCAAUCUCUUGAUGAGUAUGAGGAUAAUGAUGAGACUAGUGAGGCUCUUAUUAGAGCCUUUAGCCCUUACAAAGAUCACUCUCUAGAGGAUGAAAUCCAAACAGUUACCAAAAAUCAAACUCUGUCCCCUAGAAGCUUUCAACAAAAUAGAUUCCAUUUCACUAAGCAAGAUGCCAACACAGUCACUGCUGGCAGACCUAACACCAGAUUAUUUUCUUCUAAAUCUUCCCAAUGA